UGCACCAUGGCUCGCUCCUGGUGCAGUGGCCUCGCCUUCGCCGUCGCCGCCGCGGUGUUUCUUGCGGCGGCCGGCGAGGUGUCCGGCCUCGGGCUCGACAUCCACCACCGCUACUCCCCCGUCGUGCAGCGGUGGGCGGAGGAGCGCGGCCACGCCGGCAUGUCGUGGCCUGCUGGCGAGCUGAUCGGCUCGCCGGAGUACUACUCCACGCUGUCUCGCCACGACCACGCCCUCCUAGCGCGCCGCGGGCUCGCCCAGGCCGACGAGCUCCUCUCCUUCGCCGAUGGCAACCUCACCCUCCAGCUCGACGGAUCGUUGCACUACGCGGAGGUGGCGGUGGGCACGCCGAACAUGACGUUCCUCGUGGCGCUCGACACCGGCAGCGACCUCUUCUGGGUGCCCUGCGACUGCAAGCAGUGCUCCUCCGUCUCCAAAUUGACGGGCAAGGGCGGCCCCGAUCUCCGGCCGUACAGCCCGAGCAAGUCGUCGACGAGCAAGGUGGUCACCUGCGCCAACAAGCUGUGCGACCAGCCCAACGCCUGCGCGGCGACCAACAGCAGCAGCUGCCCCUACACCAUCAACUACAUGUCGGCCAGCACCUCCUCCUCCGGCAAGCUCGUCGAGGACGUGCUCUACCUGACCAGGGAGAAGGGCGCCGGCGCCGGGACCGCCGUGCAGGCGCCCGUGGUGUUCGGGUGCGGGCAGGAGCAGACGGGCUUGUUCCUGAAAGGCGCGGCCGCCGACGGCCUGAUGGGGCUCGGCAUGGAGAAGGUGUCCGUCCCCAGCAUCCUCGCCAGCAGCGGCCUCGUCAAGUCGAACAGCUUCUCCAUGUGCUUCAGCAGCGACGGCGUCGGCCGGAUCAACUUCGGCGACACCGGCAGCUCCGACCAGGGCGAGACGCCCUUCAUCGUCGCAGCCAAACACCCAUUCUACAACAUCAGCAUCACGUCGAUGAGCGUCGGCGGCACGACCUUGCCGGUGAGAUUCUACGCCAUCGCCGACUCCGGCACGUCCUUCACCUACCUCAGCGACCCUGCCUACACGGCCUUCGCCACCACUUUCAACUCGCUGGUCAGCGAGAAGAGGAAAGAUUUCAGCAGAUAUUCUCUUUCUGGUAAAUUUCCUUUCAAUUACUGCUAUGAGUUGAGUCCUGGGCAAACAGUGGUUCACAUGCCAGUGGUGAGCAUGACGACCAACGGAGGAGCCGUGUUCCCGGUGACCAUGCCUUAUUACCCCAUCAUAGCUCAGAUGACAAACGGGGAGGUUCAAGCGGUCGGUUACUGCCUGGCGGUCAUCAAGAGCGACCUCCCCGACGACAUCAUCGGCCAGAACUUCAUGACCGGUCUCAAGGUCGUCUUCAACCGUGAGCGAUCCGUCCUGGGCUGGCAGAAGUUCGACUGUUACAAGGACGAGAAGGUGACAGGCAACGGCGGCUCCACCGUCGGGAGCCCCAGCCCUUCCCCGGCGACGACCACCCAGAUCAACCCGCAGCCACAGGAGAGCGGCUCCGGCUCGUCGGACGGCGGCGGAUCGAUCCCCGGCGCGGUGCCGUUGCCGCGGACGGCCAGCGCGGCGAGCCGUGCAGGAGGCGCCUUCCCGGCGUCCAUGAUGCUCUUGCUGCUGGCUGCGGCAGCCGUUGCUUGAUGACUGAUUACUCCACUCCACUGGAUGUGAUUCGUACAUAACACUUGCACACGGUCGAGAUGAUUUUUUAUUAAGAAACGUGUGUGCUUUAGAUUACUGUAGGACUAGUAAUUCAUUCUUCUGAUUGAUUUGUAUAUGUGUAUGUUUGGAUUCGGUUGCGAGUGAGCUGCAUUGGUCCAUUUUUUUAUACAAAUAAAGAUAAAUUAUACCAUACAGUUUCUUUAAAUG